AUGUGCGUCGAGUUGACACAAGCGGCGGACUUCGCAUCCAACGAGCUCCAGAGAGUCUUCAUCGAAGAGUACGUAGAGAGCUUUAGGACCGGAAACCUCGCCAAGUAUCGAGAUUCACUACGAAACUGGGUGAAGGACAAGGCGCCGGAGAUUGAAAACAUUUUCGGCUUCGUUGAGCCAUACAGAGAUCCGCAUGGAAUACGAGCCGAGUUCGAGGGCCUUGUUGCGAUUGCAGACGCCGCGGAAACAAGGAAGUUGACGAGAUUGGUCGACAACUCGACACAAUUCAUCCGCAAGCUACCUUGGACCAGCCCUGAAAACGACGGAAAGGGGGUGCAAGAUACGGGAUUCAAGAACGUCAUCAUUGCCAACCGUAUGGUUGCGGAGAGCAAGGCUCAAGGUUACCCAUUCAUUGGCGAUCACGAAGAAGCCGCAUUCCGUAAAGCUAAGUUCCCAACCUACUACUGGUGGGUUGUUCUCCACGAGCUUCUAGGACAUGGCACCGGCCGUAUGAUGGUUGAAAACACAGAAGGGGAUUACAACUUCGACAUCCGGAGUCCCCCUAUCAAUCCUCUUGAUGGCAAACCUAUCAGAUCCUGGUACAAGCCAGGCCAGACUUGGACCGGUCAGUUUGGUGAUCUUGCCACAACGGUCGAUGAAUGCAGAGCAGAGCUAGUUGGCGCCUAUCUGAUGGAUGAUAAAGAUCUUUUAAGAGUUCUUGGGUUCACAGAUGACACGGACGUGACAGCUGACGAUAUUGCGUACAACAUGUACCAGCAGCUGGGUGUGGAUGGAUUGCGUGGUCUUGCCAACUACAACGUCGAUAGCAAGGUAUGGUUGGAACAACACGUCGUUGGGGCCAAGCCCACAGUCGAGCUCACUUCGCAAUUCUGA